CUUUUGGAUCUAAUGCGCAGAGGAGGUUGGCCCAGAGCUCCCGGGCUCCCCCAAGGCUGAACUCCGUCCAAGGUGCCCGCAGGCUCCCUGCCCGCCUUCCCCAUGCCAGCCCGCAGCUAGGGGCAGGGGCAGCGGCGGCUGGGGUUGGGGGUGGGUGGGGAGCUUUUGGGGAGGACAGGUCGCAGCUUGGCUAUGGAAGGCUCCAAUGGCUUUGGGAUCGACUCCAUUCUCUCCCACCGCGCGGGCAGCCCCGCCCUUCCCAAGGGGGACCCCUUGCUUGGGGACUGCCGUUCGCCCCUGGAGCUGAGUCCACGCUCAGAGAGCAGCAGCGACUGCUCUUCGCCAGCCUCUCCAGGAAGGGACUGUCUGGAGACGGGCACCCCACGGCCUGGUGGGGCAUCCGGCCCAGGUUUGGACUCCCACCUGCAGCCCGGGCAGCUCUCAGCCCCGGCCCAGUCGCGCACCGUCACCUCCUCCUUUCUGAUCAGGGACAUCCUUGCCGACUGCAAACCACUCGCGGCCUGCGCACCCUACUCUAGCAGCGGGCAGCCGGCAGCCCCUGAGCCUGGGGGCCGCCUUGCGGCCAAGGCCGGGGAGGACUUUAGAGACAAGCUGGACAAAAGUGGCAGCAACGCCUCAUCGGACUCUGAGUAUAAAGUGAAGGAGGAGGGCGACCGCGAGAUCUCCAGCUCCAGGGACAGUCCCCCGGUGCGCCUGAAAAAGCCACGAAAGGCACGCACGGCCUUCACCGACCAUCAGCUGGCGCAGCUGGAGCGCAGCUUCGAGCGGCAGAAGUACCUGAGCGUGCAGGACCGCAUGGAACUCGCCGCCUCGCUCAACCUCACCGACACGCAGGUCAAGACCUGGUACCAGAACCGCAGGACUAAAUGGAAGCGACAGACAGCCGUCGGGUUGGAGCUGCUGGCGGAGGCAGGCAAUUACUCAGCGCUCCAGCGGAUGUUCCCGUCGCCUUAUUUCUACCCGCAGAGUCUGGUUUCCAACCUGGACCCCGGCGCGGCGCUCUACCUGUACCGCGGCCCCAGCGCGCCGCCGCCCGCUCUCCAGAGACCUCUGGUGCCCCGCAUCCUCAUCCACGGACUCCAGGGCGCCAGCGAGCCGCCCCCGCCGCUGCCUCCGCUGGCCGGCGUCCUCCCACGCGCCGCGCAGCCUCGGUGAGGCGCCCGCCCGCUCCGGGGCCUCUUCCCGGGGGCUCGAUGUGGCCCCUUCCUCCCGCCUUUCUGAGGGAGCGGGUUUGACGCCCCUUCCUGGGAGGGGGCCCUGCCCGGCCCUCCCUGGCGCCCCAGCCCAGUGUCUCCCGAAGGGCCAAAUGCCAAGUCCACUGAGGCCCGGACCCCGGACUGCGUCUCCCCAGCCCCCUCGGCGUCCUCUCUCGCGGCCGCUCGGUCCGGGAGCCACCCCCACCCGCCGGGUGUACAUACGCGUGUCUGCCCCUCCCCGCCCCCAGCCUCUGCCGGCUCCCCUAGGCGCCCCUUUCUCCCCAGGAGCGGGUGCGGCUGAUUCCCAGGCUUCACUCUCUCCCACGACCCUUCCACGCUCCAGGUGGAGAACAGCCCCUCUCCCCGCGCCUCUGCCAGGGAGAGAAGGGGAGUGCGGAGCUCCGUCUCCCUACCCCUCGAGCGCCUGGGCCAGCGGCUGAGCUGUACAUACCGUGUGCAAAGUGUAUAUGAAGUUAUUUAUUCGUGAACCAUGAGCCCGUGACCGUGUCCGUGGAUUAGUGAGUCUGUGGCCUGUGCCCUCCCCACUCCCAGGCGGGGCAGGAAGGGGCUGAGGGGGCUUGCCCACCCACCCCGACCCCAGUCCCCAGCCUCAGCCCCGGUCCGGGGGCAGCCAGGCCUCUCGGGUUCUCUCUUUUUUUAAAUGUCGAAAUAAACUUCUUACAAAUGACCAGGCGCCUGUCC